AUGGCUUUGAACAAACUUGGCAUUGAUCAAGUUGACCUGAAGGAUAAAAGGGUCCUUAUCAGAGUUGACUUCAAUGUACCCAUGAAAGAAGGGAAAAUCACCAAUAAUCAAAGGAUUGUGGCUGCCAUUCCUACAGUAAAACAUGCUCUUGAAAAAGGAGCUAAAAGCAUUGUGCUGAUGAGCCACUUGGGUCGGCCCAACGGAAUGCCAAAUGAAAAGUACACACUGAAACCAGUUGUGGCUGAACUUGACAAACUUUUGGGAGUAUCUGUAAAAUUCCUAGCUGAUUGUAUUGGCCCUGAAACGGAAGCUGCCUGUGCCAACCCUGCUCCUGGUACAGUAUUUUUACUAGAAAAUCUUAGGUUCCAUGUUGAAGAAGAAGGUAAAGGAGUUGAUGCUAGUGGUCAGAAAGUGAAAGCGAAGGAAGAGGAUGUUAAAAAGUUUCGUGCUUCUCUUUCAAAACUUGGAGAUAUUUAUGUGAAUGAUGCUUUUGGUACUGCUCACAGAGCUCACAGUUCUAUGGUUGGUUGUGAGCUGCCACAGAAGGUUGCAGGAUUUCUGCUGAAAAAAGAACUGACCUAUUUUGCCAAGGCUCUUGACAAACCAGAACAUCCAUUUUUGGCAAUUUUGGGAGGAGCUAAAGUUGCUGACAAAAUUCAACUUAUUGAGAACAUGUUAGAUAAAGUGAACUCAAUGAUUAUUGGAGGUGGAAUGGCCUUUACUUUCCUGAAGGUUAUCAACAAAAUGGAGAUUGGUAACUCUUUGUUUGAUGAAGAAGGGGCUAAAAUUGUUGAGGGUUUGAUGGAGAAGGCUAAAAAGAACAAUGUAGAGUUGGUGUUGCCUGUUGACUUUGUCACUGGUGAUAAAUUUGCUGAGGAUGCCACAGUUGGUCAGGCUACUGUAUCUGGAGGUAUUCCUGCUGGCCAUAUGGGUUUGGAUGUUGGCCCUGAAUCUAGCAAAAAAUUUGCUGAUGUUAUUGUUAAGGCUAAGACUAUUGUAUGGAAUGGUCCUCCUGGUGUUUUUGAAUUUGAGAAAUUUGCUCAGGGAACCAAGUCUAUGAUGGAUGCUGUUGUUAAAGCUACUCAAGCUGGUGCUACAAGCAUCAUUGGUGGAGGUGAUACUGCUACUUGCUGUGCCAAGUUCAAGACUGAAGACAAAGUCAGUCAUGUCAGUACUGGAGGUGGAGCAAGUUUGGAAUUGUUGGAAGGCAAAGUCCUCCCUGGUGUUGCUGCUCUUUCCAAUGCUUAA